AUGAACCCCAGCACUUCCCUCGCCACCCCGCCAGCAUCCGCGUCCGCCUCGGCCUCAGCCUCACCCAGCCUCGGCGACUUCGGGCCAAACGGCAGCCCAAGUGCGCAGUCCAGCGUCAUCUGGCCCGGACCCAUGAACGUCGGACAGGUGGUGUGCGCGGCAGGGCUUUACAACGUGACCGAUGCGUGCUGCUUACAGCUGCACGGCGCCUUGUGGGUGCCCGACCCCGCGGGCGCCGCCGGCAUGCCCCCCACACGACAGCACGCGUGUCUCUUCUUCUCGAACACCACCACGGCGGACGCGACGAUCACAGCGUUCAAGAAUUGCGCUUCCCGGCCUGGGACGGGCGACAACGUCAUCCCCGCAACACCAGUACUUAACACAACGGCCGUGCCCUCGACUUCUCCCCCAACCACCCACACCAUGAACAACGGCACAGCAUCCCUCUCGCUCACCUCGCCCCCAGUACCGACGCCCACGGCGACCGGGCUCGGCCCCAACGGGGACCCAGCGCAGAUGUAUCCCGCCUCCUGGCCCGGCGCGAUGUACGCAGGCCAGACGGUGUGCGCCGCGAGCGUGUACAACGUCACGGACAUGUGCUGUGCCAGGCUGCACGGUGCGCUGUGGGUAGGCGACGACGCGUACGCCGCCACCACGUUCGGCUCUCGGCAGCACAUGUGCCUCCUCUUCUCGAAUGCCACGACGGCAAACGCCACGCGCGACGCGUUCACUGGUUGUGCGUACGGUGUGGACGGUGUGAACCCCAUCGUGGGGUGUAAGAUCCACUCUGGCGCCGCACGGACUGUGGUGGGCAUCGGGAUGCUGCUCGUCGCUGUUGGCUCGGUGCUUGCAUUGUGA